UGAGUAAUUGCUCGCUUGAGUUCUCUUUAGCAAAAAAUAGGGGCAAAAGUAAGAUGAUGGAACCCGGGGCUCCAGUGUGCAACACCUGUGGAGAAGCGGUCGGAUUGAAGACAAAUGGGGAGUUGUUUGUGGCUUGCCAUGAGUGUAACUUCCCAAUGUGCAGAUCUUGUGUUGAGUAUGAGGCAAAGGAAGGCCGGAAAGUAUGCUUGAGAUGUAGCUCCCCUUAUGAUGAGCAUUUACUUGAUGAUGAUGCUGACCAAAAGCCACCUGGUAGUAGUCAACCCACUAUGGCUGCUCAUCUCAGUUAUCCACAGCCUAAGGAUGUUGGGAUUCAUGCUAGGCAUGUCAGUACCGUGUCCACUAUUGACAGUGAAAUGAAUGAUGAAUCUGGGAACCCUAUAUGGAAGAACCGCGUUGAGAGUUGGAAGGAUAAGAAGAACAACAAGAAGAAAAAGGUUGCUAAAAAUAAUAAGACUGAACAAGCACCAGCUGAGAUUCCACACGAGCAGCAGAUGGAAGACAAGCAGCCUGGAGAUGCUUUAAUGCAGCAGCCACUUUCAGAAAUCGUUCCAAUGUCUCGAAACAAGCUGACACCAUACAGAGCUGUGAUCAUAAUGCGAUUGGUCAUUCUUGGCCUUUUCUUCCACUACAGAAUAAUGAAUCCUGUCGACAGUGCUUUUGGCCUUUGGCUAACUUCUGUCAUUUGUGAGAUUUGGUUUGCCUUCUCUUGGGUAUUGGAUCAGUUUCCUAAAUGGUCUCCUAUCAACAGAGUCACAUACCUCGACACCUUAUCUGCAAGGUUUGAAAGGCCGGGUGAACCUUGUGAGCUUGCUCCUGUGGACUUCUUUGUGAGCACAGUCGAUCCAUUGAAAGAACCGCCAUUGAUUACUGCCAACACGGUGCUAUCCAUCCUGGCUCUGGACUACCCAGUGGAGAAGGUCUCCUGUUAUGUAUCUGAUGAUGGUGCUGCCAUGCUCUCGUUCGAAUCUCUAGCUGAAACAUCUGAGUUUGCGAGGAAGUGGGUUCCGUUCUGCAAAAAGUAUGCGAUCGAACCAAGGGCACCUGAGUUUUAUUUUUCGCAGAAGAUUGAUUACUUGAAAGACAAGGUUCAGCCUUCUUUUGUUAAAGAACGUAGAGCUAUGAAGAGGGACUACGAAGAAUACAAAAUUAGAGUGAAUGCAAUGGUAGCCAGGGCUCAGAAAACACCUGAAGAAGGUUGGACUAUGCAAGAUGGAACGCCCUGGCCUGGAAAUAACACCAGAGACCACCCUGGAAUGGUUCAGGUCUUCCUUGGAAACACUGGAGCUCGAGACAUGGAUGGCAAUGAGCUCCCUCGUCUGAUUUAUGUCUCUAGAGAGAAAAGACCAGGCUACCAACAUCACAAAAAGGCUGGUGCUGAGAAUGCUCUCGUGAGAGUUUCUGCAGUUCUCACAAAUGCGCCCUACAUCCUCAAUCUUGAUUGUGACCACUAUGUGAACAAUAGCAAGGCAGUUAGAGAGGCAAUGUGCUUCUUAAUGGAUCCACAAGUUGGUCGAGAUGUGUGCUACGUUCAGUUCCCUCAAAGAUUCGAUGGUAUUGACAAGAGUGAUCGAUAUGCCAAUCGCAAUAUUGUCUUCUUCGAUGUAAACAUGAAAGGACUGGAUGGGAUUCAAGGACCGGUUUACGUGGGAACAGGUUGUGUUUUCAAUAGGCAAGCACUUUAUGGAUACGGACCUCCUUCGAUGCCUACCUUAACCAAGAGUUCCUCAUCGUCAUCGUGUUCAUGGUGUGGUUGCUGCUCUUGUUGCUGCCCAUCAAAGAAGAAGGCUGAGUUAGACGCAAGCGAGCUAUAUAAAGAUGCAAAAAGAGAGGAGCUCAAUGCUGCCAUAUUCAAUCUUCAUGAGAUCGAGAACUAUGAUGAGUAUGAGAGAUCAAUGCUGAUGUCCCAGAGGAGCUUUGAGAAAACUUUUGGAUUGUCGUCCGUGUUCAUCGAGUCUACAUUGAUGGAGAAUGGAGGGGUACCUGAAUCAGUUAACUCAUCGACACUCAUCAAGGAAGCCAUUCAUGUCAUCAGCUGCAGCUAUGAGGAAAAGACAGAGUGGGGCAAAGAGAUUGGCUGGAUCUACGGGUCAGUGACGGAGGACAUCCUGACCGGGUUCAAGAUGCACUGCCGUGGAUGGAGAUCAAUCUACUGCAUGCCACCGCGGCCAGCAUUCAAAGGUUCUGCACCAAUCAAUCUUUCUGACAGACUUCACCAGGUUCUGAGAUGGGCGCUUGGCUCAGUCGAAAUCUUCUUGAGCAGACAUUGUCCACUCUGGUAUGGCUUUGGAGGCGGCCGCCUCAGGUGGCUACAAAGACUUGCCUACAUCAACACCAUUGUCUACCCUUUCACUUCCCUCCCUCUAAUCGCCUAUUGCUUGAUCCCCGCCAUUUGCCUUCUCACUGGCAAAUUCAUCAUCCCAACGCUGUCGAACCUGGCGAGCGUGCUCUUCCUGGGCCUCUUCAUGUCCAUCAUCCUGACCGCGGUUCUGGAGCUGCGAUGGAGCGGGGUGAGCAUCGAGGAUCUAUGGCGCAACGAGCAAUUCUGGGUGAUCGGAGGCGUAUCCGCACAUCUCUUCGCCGUAUUCCAAGGCUUCCUGAAAAUGCUAGCCGGAAUCGACACAAACUUCACGGUCACGACCAAAGCGGCAGAGGACGCCGAGUUUGGAGAGCUCUACAUGGUGAAAUGGACGACGGUUCUCAUCCCUCCGACGACCCUCUUGAUCGUGAACAUAGUCGGGGUGGUGGCGGGGUUCUCCGACGCGUUGAACAAAGGCUACGAGGCUUGGGGGCCAUUGUUCGGGAAAGUGUUCUUCGCGUUCUGGGUUAUACUCCAUUUGUACCCAUUCUUGAAGGGUUUGAUGGGGCGACAGAACAGGACGCCGACGAUUGUGGUGCUCUGGUCGGUGCUUUUGGCGUCUGUGUUCUCGCUGGUUUGGGUGAAGAUCAAUCCUUUUGUUAACAAGGUUGAUAGCAUGGAGAUUGCGGGAACCUGCAUCUCAAUCGACUGCUGAGAGUGAUGAGUCGACCCACCUGUAAUCCUAGUGGGGAAAGGAUUUGCAUCCUUUGAUGUUGAGAGAUAUGUGUUUUUUUUUUGUUUUUGAAAGGGAGGGAUUGGGUUGGUGAAGAGCCAGAUUGGAGCACAUGGAUUGGUGCUUCUUAGGGUGUUGCUGUAAAGAAGAAAUCGAAUGGUUGUGUGUUUGUAUCAUAGUAAUGCAUAAUUCAAAAGACAGAAGAGAUUCUUGCUCUCUUUAUUCCUCUAUCUGUGUCUAUUUGUUCCCCAUUAGAUAGAUAGAACCAUUCAACCAUAUAUGAGAAUUUAUCAAAUUUUCCGAACCAAUGAACUCCAUCUAUUUAUUCUUACAAUUUACAUGCAUAACAAACUCACACUAGGGGUGGGCAUCGGUACGGUUCGGACCGGACCGCACCGCAUUUUUAUAAACCGCACCGAAUCACAUUUAUGUAAACCGCACCGCAUCUUUGACCGCGAAGUUAUCGGUGCGGUCAAACCAAACCGCAUAAAUUAACGGUUUGGUAUGGUUUAGACCGCACCGCAUUUUGACCGCAAAUGACAAGAAAAGAAGGAAGCUUGGAAAUAAAAAAAAAUGGCAAGGAUUCCCCCUCCGUUUCUGUGUACUGAUGCAAACCUGACAAAUUUAUUCAAUUGGGAACACAGAAACACCAAGUACAUACUCGAUCAUCAUGCCACCAAAAGUCCAAAAUAGAGCUGUGAAGGCAAGAGAAGUAGAAGAUGGCAGCACAAGAAGAACCAUGACUGCUCAACAACUAUUGAAUGCUCUAUUUUCUUAGUUAUCUGUUGUAGUUUUGAAAUAAUAGCAAACAAAAAAAAUGGCAGGGUUCCUCUCCACAUUGCUCUGUUUCCGGCCAUCAAAACAGAGCAUAUGCUCUGAUUUCCCCAUGCCUUGCAUCUGCUGCUUUCUUCUUGUGGAACUCUGUUUCUUGGCUAGAUCCCCUACACAUGAACCCAUUGAAUAUACUGUAAGAUGGGUGGGGAAAAACAUUAAACCAUAAUGCUUGAGAUAUAUGUCCCUCCAAGAAUGACAGGAUUCAGAUACCCUGCUGCAAACUCAAUUUAUGCCACAAAUUGCUAACUUCCAGAGUACAAAUUACUUCCAUGGUCCAACCAACAUGAUCGUGUCCAAAUUAAACCCAUGUACGGGUACCACUUAGCCUCACCCAAGAGUCAUGUAUAUUAGCUCAAGGUCUGUACUAUGUACUGUCAGAAAAGUCCAGACAACCCCCACCAAAGCAAAAAAAGCAAACAAACUACGAUGGAACACCAUUACAGCAGGGUCUUAGACAUUAUUGGAAUUAAAAACAAGGUCUUAGACAUGAAAAUGAGAUUGGCAGCAGGGCAGUGAAAGUCAUAUUAUCCCUGUUGAGUGCUUCCUUCUGGGAGGCCAACUGUCAGUACUAGCAUGCCUGCAUUACCCCUAGCUAACCAGCAUACAUGUCUUAAACCAAUCGAGAGUAGUAGCUAGCUGGCUAGUUAUCAAAUGUUAACAGCAACAAAUGUCAUACCUCUAAAUAGAUGGUAUUUAGGCCAUACACAGAGAGAGAGAGAAGGGGCAGCUCAGAAAUUGCACUAAUGAUCAGGUUCAAAUGUUACCUUAUAUGUUUGUGCUUGCCUCUACAUUAGGACUCAUACGAGGAGUAUGGAUACGAGGAAGUGGAACAUCAGAUAUACCAAUAGCCUUCAUAAUCAUGCUCAACUCUGAAAUUCAUAAGAAGACAGUUUAAUCAAUACAUAAAACGUACAUGGUACAUAAACAAUAGCUUUUUUUAGGUUACUCACCUUCAUCGAUAUUAAAUCAUCGGCCAUACCACAGAUAUUAAGUAUCGAUAUUAAAACAUCAGAUACUUA